AAUGACACCCUCCCCAGGCAGAUUUAAGGGGGCAGCUUCAAGGGAUUUAUGUUUUUUCCGUGUUAUAAGCGCCGAUCGUCUAUUCGUGGAACGCCUGAGCGCGUCGGCGGUGACGUAAGCCGCAGCCCGCAAAAGCGCAGGUCGACGUAGCAUCAGCAGAUCCGCCCGAUCUGUCAUUGGAGGAAAUAUCAGCCACUGCCGCAUUGCAUGCUACCUCGAGUCUAGAAAACGCAUGUCAACUGAUGAGGGGUCAGGCAUUUGGUGGUGGGGUUUCCCCGUGAAUAGCGUCAAGACGGUCGACGUAAACAAUGGAAUGCUACCGGGGCCGUGCCAAGAUGAGGACAAGUCUGGCCAGCCGCGUCGCGGGUUUAAAAGCCCACGAUGUUGCUGUUCUGCUGAGGUGGUCCGCUUGAGCUUGUUUCUCAUCACAGACGUGCCCAGUAAAAGAGCCUCAACAUGUUCUCCAGACGAAGCCGCCAACGCGCUCUUGGCCUUGUUGCCUCGAGCUCCCUUGUCGCCGCCGGGCCCUGCGACAUCUACUCCUCCGGCGGUACCCCCUGCGUCGCUGCGCACAGUACCACCCGCGCCCUGUACAGCGCCUACUCCGGUGCACUCUACCAGGUACAACGCGGGUCCGACAGCGCCACGACCACCAUCUCGCCGCUGUCCGCGGGCGGUGUCGCCAACGCCGCCGCCCAAGACACCUUCUGCGCCAACACGACCUGCCUCAUAACCAUCAUCUACGACCAGUCCGGCAACGGCAACCACCUCACCCAGGCGCCGCCGGGAGGCUUCAGCGGCCCGGAUACUAACGGCUACGACAACCUCGCCAGCGCGACCGGCGCCCCGGUCACCCUGAACGGGCAGAAAGCGUACGGCGUCUUCGUCUCGCCGGGGACCGGGUACCGCAACGACGCGACCACGGGCGUGGCGACGGGCGACGGGUCGGAGGGCAUGUACGCGGUGCUGGACGGCACGCACUACAACGGCGAGUGCUGCUUCGACUACGGCAACGCCGAGGUCAGCAACACGGACACGGGCGACGCCCACAUGGAGGCCAUCUACUACGGCGACUGCACCGUCUGGGGCACGGGCGCCGGCAGCGGGCCGUGGGUCAUGGCCGACCUCGAGAACGGGCUGUUCUCCGGGUCCAGCGCGGGCGAGAACGCGGCGGACCCGUCGAUCGCGUACCGCUUCGUCACGGCGGCCGUCAAGGGCGAGCCGAACCAGUGGGCGAUUCACGGCGGGAACGCGGCGUCGGGGGCGCUGGCGACGUACUACAGCGGCGCGCGCCCGUCCGGCUACAACCCGAUGCACGAGGAGGGCGCCAUCAUCCUCGGCAUCGGCGGCGACAACAGCAACGGCGCGCAGGGCACCUUCUACGAGGGCGCGAUGACGGACGGCUACCCGUCCGACGCGACCGAGAGCUCGGUGCAGGCCAACAUCGUCGCGGCCAAGUACGCCACCACGUCGCUGGUCAGCGGGCCCGCGCUCGCCGUCGGCUCGUCCGUCAAGUUCCAGGCCACCACGCCCGGCUACACGACGCGCUACCUGGCGCACACGGGGUCGACGGUCAACACGCAGGUCGUCACGUCGUCGAGCACGACGGCGCUGCAGCAGCAGGCCAGCUGGACGGUGCGCACGGGGCUCGGCAACAGCGGCUGCGUCUCCUUCGAGUCCGUCGAUACCCCCGGCAGCUACAUCCGCCACUACAACUUCGCGCUGCAGGUCGGCGCCAGCGACGGCACCAAGCAGUUCAACGAGGACGCGACGUUCUGCCCGCAGGCCGGCCUCAACGGCCAGGGCAACUCGAUCCGCUCUUGGGGAUACCCGACUCGGUAUUUCCGGCACUACUCCAACGUGGGCUAUGCUGCGAGCAAUGGUGGCGUGCAGACGUUUGACGCUACUACUUCGUUUAACGACGAUGUGAGCUGGUUGGUUAGCACCGGCUUCGCUUGAGGUUUCUGUUUGUAGGGACAAGGGUCGAAUUUUGUGUUAACAUUCUUAUAUAUUAUUAUGAGUAUCAUUGUUAUUAGGUCUAUUUUAAGUAAUAUCGACGAUUCAAAUAAGAUUCUAUGGAUGAAUGUUAGGUAUUAGACCCAUUCAGAAUUGAUUGGAGGGAUAGGGCAGUUUGCUGGAAGAUGCGGUAUGAGUGUCGAGGGAAUCUCUUAUAUAAGUACGCAUCCCUGCCCAGAUGCCACGUACUCUAUCUAUGAGUAUACCCAUCUCAACGGUAGUUUUCCAAGUCUUCUAAGACGACGUGUCCUAGAAUGCCUGUUCAUACCGCGUCCCACUUAGUCCAAGUGAGGAAAUCAUUAUUCCCUAUCUACAUCAAAUCCAGAACACCCCUAAGAACAAAUACGCAAGUGACAACGAAUACACACUAAACGAGUCGUGAUAAGCUCAUGGGGCUAAUUUUAUAUUACCAUCUAAUAUAUAAUU